AUGGACCUCUAUCGCCGCCGCUCCGACCCCGUGGUGCAGCUUCCUGUCUCCCCUGAACCAAGCCAGUCCCAGUAUUGCUACCCCCUCUUAUCCUCAUUCCCACUAUCCGCGAACCCCGUAAACCAGACAACCAGAUCAACCAGCAAGCUUGAGGCGAAGGCCCAAGCUCUGUGUAGCAUGAACUUUGAGCUCAACCUUCGUAACCUCAACGCACAUGCCCUGCGCCUCGAGCGUAAUAUCCAGCGCCUCGCCAUGAAGACUGCCGGUGAUCAAGAUUUCAGACGCGAGAAUGAGGCUACCCUGGCAAAAUACAUGCGAGAGGUUGAAGCUGUCAAGAUACACUUGGCUCAAUACGGCGACAAACCCCCCGUGACCCGGGCUGAUAUUGCCAAGCUGCAGCAAGAGAUGCUUCAAGAAGUUGCGGAAUGGAAGGCGGAGCUGGAUGAUAUCAGAGCGCAACUCGAUGCUCUGAGGGAUCAAAACCGACAAUUCGCUCUGAGGGAUCGAAAUCUAUUUGAAAAGAUCAAGGAGAUGUUGGGCAGCAACCAAAUGCCAGAAGCUCUUCUGCUCUCUGCCCCCCCUGCUCCCUCCCCUGCCUCUGCUACUCGGGCUCUGCCAGCCCAGCAGUCAAACCCGAGAAUGGAGACUCGUGCGAUGCGUCGAGAAAGGUUGGAUGCCGUCGUCCUCAAUCGACAACAACAGCUUGCCGUCUCGUCGGACCAUGAGUACCGAAUUACUGAGACCAUCAACUCGACCAAACGCUGGAACCGAGAGCACAAAGUGACCAAGUGUUCAGACCCCGAGUUCAUUGCCAACUAUCUUAUGAAGCAAGGGCGACGCGACCCUGGCAUUGCCAAGGUGCUCCAACGGGCGAUCCAGAAACGAGUUUUCCAGGCUAUCAAGAUGGAAACUGGCGAGCCAUGGCGUCCUCAUGAUCUCACGGAGCUCUGCCACAGCGUGGCUUGGCGGGAUGUGAUUGAUGUAGCGACGGAGGUAUUGGUCACCAAGAGACACCGAACUGUGCAAUUGUUGGCGCAGAUGUGA